GCUCUCGGCGGGGGAGGGGAGGGAGGAAAAGGGGUGAAACAAUUUCAAGAUGGCGGCGACUGAGGCGCGGAUAACAAUGGAAAGCGGGAGGCUUGGGUGGCUCCGGGCCUGAGCUGGGGUCGGGGCAGGAGUGAGGAAAAGUCGGCGGCGCGUCGCCAGGCUCCCGGCAGGAGGCGGGGCGGGCCCGGCCUGUAAAGGGUGGCGGCAGCGGCAGCGAAGGAGGAGGAGAAGGACGACGACGACGACUACAGGGGAAGAGAGCCGAGGCUGUGAGGGCUGCCCGGUGUCUCUGGCCGCCAGCCAUGGCGGAGUGAAGCGGCCGCCUGGUCUCUCUCGUUGCCUUUCUCGCCCUCGGCUCAUGGUCCUGCCCCCCUGCCCCAUGGCGGAGUUCGUGGUUCCGCGACACAGCGCGGUGAUGGAGCGGCUCCGCCGGCGUAUCGAGCUGUGCCGGCGGCAUCACAGCGCCUGCGAGUCCCGCUACCAGGCCGUGUCCCCGGAGCGGCUGGAGCUGGAGCGCCAGCAGACCUUCGCCCUCCACCAGCGCUGCUUGCAGGCCAAGGCCAAGCGGGCCGGGAAGCACCGCCAGCCGCCUCUGCCUCCCCCGGCAGCCGCUCCGCCGGCCGCCCCGUCCCAGCCGCCUCCCCCUGCUCCGGCCCCGGGCUCCGGGGGCUCCUCUGCCUCUACCUCCGCUCCUCCCGACAGGCCUGGAGUCAACGGCCUGGACGCCGACACCGCGGGCGGUGAGCAGCAGCACCAGCACGGCCGAAGCAGCGCCCUCAUCGCGCAGCUUCAUGAAACAGUCAAAAGGAAACUUGAUAGUUCCGUUUCACCGCAGAAUGGCGACCAGCAGAAUGGCUAUGGGGACAUGUUUUCUGUUCCCAAGAAAUUGCGUCAUGAUGAUGGUCUUGUUGGAUUGAGUGGCUCCUCUAAUGGAAUCCCUCCUGCAUCACCUCUGCACCAGCUUGACAGCAAAUCUUCUGGUGGAGACACCUUACAGCUUAAUGGAAAACAUUCCAUGGGUCUAGAUGGCAUCAACAAAAAGUGUCUGCCAGACUCUAACCUUCAGCUGAAUGGAAACAGUGAUGCUGAUGACCCCUUUGCUAUGGUUAUUAACAAGGAGCUUAAACAAGAACCAGAUGACCUUCCUUGUAUGAUUACGGGACCAGGAAGUUCAAUAUCUCAGAAUAAUUUGAUGUCUGAUCUUAACCUUAAUGAGCAAGAGUGGAAGGAGCUCAUUGAUGAACUUAACAGAUCCGUGCCUGAUGAGGAUAUGAAAGAUCUAUUUACAGAAGACUUUGAGGAAAAGAAGGAUGUUGAUGCUUCAAAUUCAGCUGCACAAACUCCAUUACCACAGGACAUCAUUAUCAAGACUGAAUUUUCCCCAGCAGACUUUGAACAAGAGCAGAUGGGAUCCCCACAAGUCAGAUCUACUUCUGCUGGCACAACGUUCAUUGGUACCUCUUCUGUUAGUGCUGCUUCUCCAUCAGUUAGUAAUUCUCAAACUAUGAUUCAGCCUUCCAGUCAGUCAGUAACUGAAAAUUCCAACCAGUCCAUGAUGCAGCCAUCAAGCCAGUCUCAGAAUAUUCAGAGGCCUCUUCCUAGUUCAUUGUUAUCUGGUCAAAGUACAGGGGGUGCCAAAGAGAUGUCAUCUGCUAAACAGCUUCAACAGAUAGCUGCUAAGCAGAAGAGAGAUCAGCUAUUGCAGAACCAACAGCAAGUCCAUCAACCCAACCAGAUUCCUAGCUGGCAGCAGUCUGGACCUUCACACAGUCCAUUAGCUGUUUCAUACACUAUGGAAAAUCCCACUAGCCCUUCAGUUUACCAACAGGACUUCAAUAACCAGAAACUCAUGAUGUCUAGUAUGCCAAACAAGAGUUCUCCGAGGGCUGGAGUUAAUUAUCAUGGUGGAAAUAUGUUAAGCCAUCAGCCAAACAGCUUAAACCAGAACUCUGUAUCUAGUCAAAACUCUGUGCUAGACUAUGGGAAUACGAAACCUCUUUCACAUUACAAAGAAUGCGGUCAAGGAGUUACAGUAUCUGGACAGAACAAGUCUCCAAUGUUGGCAUACAUGCAGCAGCGUCAGCAACCCACUCUGCCUCAUAUGAGCGAUGAGCAGAAUGGGAUGUUUGUAAUGAAGAAGUCUGGAAAUACUGCUUAUAGACCUCUAGGGCCACACAGCCAGGAUCAAAAUCCUUCUGCUGGUGUUCCUCGCAUUCCUGUUUCUGUUCCCGGCUCUGGUGUGAAUGCACAGUCACCCAAUGUUUCCAUGGCAGGUAACCAUGGCAAUCCAGCCUAUCUCAACAGCCAGCAGCAAGCAGCUGUAAUGAAGCAGCAGCACCAAAUGCUACUAGAUCAGCAGAAACAGAGGGAACAGCAACAAAAACAACUGUUAAUGGAACAACAAAAACAGUUUAUAAUGGGGCAGAGGCAACUAAUUGCUGAACAGGAAAAGCAAAGGCAUCAUCAGGAACAACAGCAACAGCUCCAGAGGCAUCUAACACGACCGCCCCCUCAAUACCAAGACCAGACACAGAAUCCAUAUCAACAACAGUUCACAGGCUCAUCUCCAGCGAUGGCAGGGAUAAAUAAUUUAGGCCAGUCUAACUCCAGUAGUCCACGCAUGUUUUCUCAGACUCAGAAUAUGAUCCAGAUUGGCACAGGACACAGUUCUGUCUCCUCAAGCAGCAAUCAGCAAGAUCGAGGAGUAACUCAGUAUCCUAGUUUGCAGAGCAUUCAGCGAGGUACCUUGUACAACAUGGCAUCUGGUAUGACACAGAUGGUUCCACAGCAUGCAAAUCCAAGUGCCAAUGGACAGCCACAAAUGCAAAGACAACCCAGUUUGGCACAGGGCGCUGCUCUUCCUGCUGGAUAUGGACAGAGCACCCUAGGAACUGCCAGCAUUUCUCAGCAGCACAGUAAAGGAGCACUGAAUCCCAACCUAUCCAAGCCACAAAUGGCAAGGAUGCCAACAUCUAUUGGGGUCCAAAAUCAAUCAUGGCAGCAUCAAGGUAUGUCAAAUAUGAACAACCAGGCACAAGGGAACGGUGGUUUAGGGACAUUUACUGCCAACUCCACUUUCCAUAUGCAGCAGACUCACCUAAAGUUGACCAAUCAGCAGUUUGCGCAAGGAAUGCCUCAGGUAAGCCUCAACACCAGCAGGCCGAUGACGUCCAUGAACUCUGCUGUCUCUGGACAGAUGUUGUCAUCUAUAAGUGCCCAGCAGAGGACAAACCCUCCUACCCAGCAGGCAGUCCCAUCACAGCAGGUCUUGCCAGGCAUGAAUCAAGGUGUCCCAGAUAUGACUUCUUUCAGCCAGAAUCAAAAUCAGCAACUGCCUAACAGAGCCAAUCUGCAUUGUAGUCAAGGUUAUCCAGUGAGGACACCCAGUCAGGAGCUGCCCUUUGCCUACAGCAACCCAUCUGGUAGUAAUGGACUGCCGAACUUAACUGGGGAUACAGAUCUUAUAGACACUUUGUUGAAAAACAGGACUUCAGAAGAAUGGAUGAAUGACUUGGAUGAGUUGUUAGGGAAUCAUUAAAAAGAGGUUUGGGGAUUCCCCCCCCAAUCUUUUAUUUUUAAUUACAACUAUCUUUGGACCAAAUACCUGUGGAAUUGAGAAAAUUCACAGGCACUAGUGGGAAUGUAUUGGAGCUGCUCCCUUCUGGGUCUAACAGCAUGAGAAGUAUGCCCCAAUUUGAUAGGAUAUAACAUUCUCAUUUUUGUAGUGGGCCUGGAACACUGCUCAUGGAAACAGUCCUGGUCAGUUUGGUGUGCAUCCCAGCCAGCCCUUCAGAAGUUUCAAUUUUAACAGUGUUUUUCAGUUGAAGGUUUAAAUGCGAACCAUGCUGUGGUGAUUCAGAAAGUAAGCCAGCAAGGAAGACUCAAAAUACUCAGUGUUAAGGCAAUCGUUUCUACAACUAGUACUUGACAGGUUUCUUGAUUCUAACUUGACCUGCAAACUAGUGAAAGUUAACACUCUGCGACCUUUUUCUGAGGAAAGAUUGUGCAACACUUUCUUUGCAAAAUCUACUCUAGUUUGAGAAGUCGUUCUUCUAGUCUCUAGUGAUACUUGGCAAGCAAGAUAUGAGAGUUCACAAUAAUAAUAGCUGAUGGCUUUCUGUGCUGAAGAUCUUUGAGUGUUAAAACUUGUCCAGCAGUAGGUUGCUAGAGCCCUAAACUGGGGACCUCAUCCUUAAAUAGCUUAUGGCUUACUAAGCUAAGCAAUUUGCACUCUGCUGUGGGGGAAGACUGAGCUCUUGGUUUUUUGAUGAUUACUUUUUUUAAUUGGAGAAUCAGCUUAAAAUCAAGUGUGCACUUUUUCUAUCUCCUUUUUAGCAUCCAUUAAAUGAGAACGUUGGGUUGAUCACAGCUUAUUUCUUCUCUUGGAUUCAGAGGGCAUUUAUAAUUAGCAAUCUUUUGUUGCCACACAUAGGCUGUACCAAUGAGAACAGGAUCUGUUACUUUUGGUCAAGCAAGUGAAGGAAGUUUUGUGCCUUGGAAACUGUUACUAACCUGAAAAACUUUGCAAUAAUGGCACAGAGAGCCCGGGGAAGCGUAAUACUUUAUUAAAGGUUCUUCCAUUCUGAGAGCCCCCAUAUUUUGGGGAAAUUUUUUUUAGUGAUUUAAUCUCUUUAGAAAUAUGUAGACUAAUCUCCAGUGAAGCAGAUGCUGCUAUUUCAUCACGGUUCAUGGAGACCCCUUCAUACAUAUGUAGGGACGGUCCCAUGCAGGGCAAGGAAAAGAGAGAAUUGUUCUUAACAGGUUACCAAAAAUUCUUCUACUUGCCAACAAACCACCUUUUGCCUUAACCUUUCGUUUAUAAAGGUAAUAAAUUUGAAAGUUGUUUUAGAUGCACAGAUACCUCUGCUCCCUACUCUGGGUCUGGUUUUGUUCUUUAAUGAACAGGACUGUUUACCUCCUUAAUUCAUCACACCUGUCACUGAGAAUCAAAGAAUUUUCUUCAGGCCUAUUCAGGAGCAUCUCUACACAAGAAAAGUGUGAAGAUUUGAGUUUGGGAUAUUUUAGACAGGGAAACGGAUAAGGGAUACAACAGUGGAACCAUAGGAAGGAAAUAUUUUACUGUAUCUGCAGUGUUUUUCUCAGAUGUGCACUUUGGAAAAAAAAUCCGCUUUAACACUACUUUUAUUUAAUCUUUUCCCAAAUUACACAUGGAUAUUAGUUCUGUUUUAUAUGCUUGCCACCCAUGAGUAGUUAUGUAUGCCAUGCUAAACAGAUUUUUGUAUUGUAUCUUGAUGGACUGUUGAUGGGGGUUAAAUUGUGGAAGCUGCAUGUUGAUGAAUGGUUUUACUGCUGAAUGUCCAAACUGAAGCAAAUCACAUUAUUUGUAUAUUUUUAAAACACCAUUUUCUAAGAGGCGGCUCAUUUUAAUGAAUGAAACCUUGGUAUGACUGAUACUAUAAGUAAAUUAGAUUAGAGUUAAAUUUACUAAUAUUUUCGACAAGUCAGCGAGUGAGUGAAAUUGUUUGUGAGCUCGGUUUAUUAAAAAAAAAUUGGUCCAAAAUGUCACCAGAAUAUCUUUUAAUCUCUAUAGCUUUUUUUGGCCAGGGAACACAUGCAGGGGCAGGGAGAGGGGUUAGGUAUGGAAAUAAUUGAACUUGGCUUAUAAACAGUUUUAAAUUUUGCACCAGCGUGCCUUCCUUUUCUUAUUGGAGGUGUUUGGAGCCUCAUAGUUUUUUAAUUGUCUGGGUUCUGCUGAUUUUUUCCUCUCCCUCAGGCACACUGAAAAAUAGCAGGUUUUAAGGAAUUAAAUAAUACUAAAUUCUAGUUGGAUCUCCUAAAUAUAAUUUAGGUCAAAAGAAAAUGAAACCCCUUGUGUUUCUAAUGCUGCAAUCAGAUUUUGAUGUCCAGUAAAAUGCUAAUGUCUUUUUCAGCUGUGGGCAUACGUUGUUUAACUUUGUUCAGAUACAGUUUUAAGCAGAAUGGCCUAGAAUAUUUUUGGCAGUCAUAAUUGAGUAUGGAGGCUGGGUGGGGAAGGGCUAAGUGCUGCCCUUCAGCCACUUGUAGCAGUUCAUAAAUGAAUAUGCACUUGAGCUUUGCAUUUGCUGCAGCUUAGAGCAAUAAGAUGUGGCUCCCCUGAGCUUUACCUAGCCUGCUGCCUCAGCUUUAUUUAUAUACUGUGGUCAUGGACAGGUGAAAAGGUGUUCAACAUCCACUGCCUUCCAAACCCCCUACAACUGAAUCGAAAAGGGUGCUCAGUUUUCUAUACUACACAUUUUUUGUGUGUAAAUAAAUGUUUACAGUUUUAUAUUAAAGAUUGAAUAAGAGUUAGAUCUGAGUGUAUAUUUUUUACUUUUUAUAGAUUUUAAAACUAUAAUUCUUUAAAUAUAUAUAUAUAUAUAUAAUAUGUGCGUGCGUGUGUGUGUGUGUGUCGGGGGUGGUUAUGAUAAAUUUUACAUUUGUUUAAAUGAACAGUUCAAAUUUGAUGCUAACCUUUUUUGUCAUUGAAAUGUAUAAAGAGCCCAUUAAUCCAUUUAUUUUCUUUAACUACAAUUACUGUGGCACACCAAAAAGAAAUAUUUCACUUCUGUUACGUCAUUAUAAAAAAUAAAUAUUUUGCUAGUGUAUUAAA